GUCAAACCAACUCACAAUGAGUAAAAUACUUACACUGGUCGUGUUUGUGAUUUUCUGCUACCAAUUGGUAGAAAGUGUGCCAAACCGAUUUGGUAGAAAACACGAAGUUUGCAGUGAUUAUUUGGGACACGAAUCGGGCUCGAAAUUUAGACCGUAUGGCACCGGGUCAUUAGAAGAUGCAGAAACUGGAUCUGAAUCGCGGUUGAACAAUUACGGUCAAUAUCGCACUAGGUCAGCAACAGAAGACAAGGCAGGAUCAAGAUAUUGGGAAAAUGGUCAUCGUUAUCACGGUGCUCGAUCAUUGGCGCCAGCAAAAACAGGAUAUAGAUCAUUGUACAACAGGCACGGUAAUCAUGAUGCUGCAUCAUCAGCGUCUACAGCCACAAGCUCUAGAUCGUUGACUCAUAGUCACGGUAAUAAUGGCGUGGGAUCGUCAGGAUCACGAACAGCAGUACCAAAAUAUUCGUUCAAUAAUUACGGUAAUUAUGAAGACAGGUCAUCAGCAGGAGCUGAAUCUGAAUCUACAUUAAGCUAUAACAAUGAUAAUAGUGGCGAAUCAUCGACGAAAUCAGAAGCAGGAUCUAGAUCUUUGUCGAACAGUUACGGUGAUAAUAGCGACGGUUCAUUGAUAUCAACAACCACUAAUUCAGAUGAAAAAUAUGUAUCUCUGUCAGAUACUAAUGGUGAAAACCAUGACGGUUCAACAUCGUCAAAAACUGGGGAAACACUGUCACACAGUGAUAGUUAUGAUGAUGCUGGGUCAUCACGGUCAAUGGGAGGAAGAUCUAGCCAUUCCUCGAACCACCAUGGUCAUCAUCGCAUCAGGUCAUCAACGCCAAGAGUAGGAAGAUCUAGAUCUUCGUUCAACCGUUAUGGAGAUAACGAUGCUGAGUUAUCACAGUUAGAAAGAGCUCGAUUUAGAUAUUUGAGGAAUGGUUACGGUCAUCAUCGUACUAGGAAUUACGACGGUCGCUCGUUGGCUGAAGGAAGAUCGAGGUAUUCCGCGAAGGGUUUCCACGAUGAUAACCACAAGUCAUCAGACAAUUCAAAAUUGGGAUAUGGAUCGUCGUUCAACAGUUACGGUGAGAAUCGUGGCGAGUUAUCUUCGGCAGAAAGUGCAGAAUCUGGAUCUUCGUUGAACGGUCACUAUGAUGAUAAUAAUGCAGAAUCAGUGAAUUCAGAAACAGAAUCAAAAUAUUCGUUGAAUAGUUACGGUGAUAACCGUGACAGAUCAUCACUAUCAAUGGACACUGAAUCUGAAUCUAAAUCUCGAUCUGAGUCUGUGAUAUUAGAUGGUAACGAUAUUGAUGGCGACAGUUCGUCUCGAAAUAAUGCUGACGAUGAAAACGAUGCUGCGUCAUCAUCAUCGUCAACAACGGUGUCUGGAUCUACUAGUAAUGGAGAUGAGGGUGAUAAUUCAUCAUCGGCGGCAGGAUUAGAAUCCGAAUCUUCAGUCAGCACUUCCGGCGAUGACAGUGAUAAGUCAUCAACAUCAACAACAAGUGAAUACGUAUCUUCGUCGAAUGUUCACGAUGCAAACCAUAAUGUUUCAUCAACAUCAAUAACAACGGAAUCUGAAGUUUCACCUACAAGUAAAGGUCAUAAGGGUGACACGUCAUCAAUGCCAAACAAAGAACCUGAUCCGCGGUCCAAUGAUGACCAGCAUAAAGGCAGCAAGUCAUCAGUGUCAACGCAAGCGGAAUCGACGUCUUCAUCCGACGCUUCCAGUAAUAAAAGCGGUGACUUGUCAACAUCGACAACUACGGCAUCUGGAUCUUCAUCUGGUGAUAACGGUUAUGAGGGUGACCAAUCGUCAGCGACGACACAGUCAGAAUCCAAGUCUUCAUCUGAUACUUACGUUGGUGAUGGCGGAAAAUCAUCAACAACAACAAAAACUCAAUCCAGAUGUUCGUCGAACGUUGCGAAUGCAAAUAAAGUUAUGUCAUCUGUUGGUAACGGUUAUAAGGGUGACUAUUUGUCAGCAACAACACAGUCAAAAGCAGUCUCUUUAUCGGAAACCGGCGGUGGUAAGGGUGAUGACUCAUCAACAUCGACGGCAUCUGAAUCUUCAUCUAGUAGUGACGGUCAUGAAGGUGACUAUUCGUCAGCAAAAACACAGUCAAAAGCAGUCUCUUUAUCGGAAACCGGCGGUGGUAAGGGUGAUGACUCAUCAACAUCGACGGCAUCUGAAUCUUCAUCUAGUAGUGACGGUCAUGAAGGUGACUAUUCGUCAGCGACAACACAGUCAAAAGCAGUCUCUUUAUCGGAAACCGGCGGUGGUAAGGGUGAUAACUCAUCAACAUCGGCAUCAACGGCAUCUGGAUCUUCAUCUAGUAGUGACGGUCAUGAAGGUGACUAUUCGUCAGCGACAACACAGUCAAAAGCAGUCUCCUUAUCGGAAACCGGCGGUGGUAAGGGUGAUGACACAUCAACAUCGACGGCAUCUGAAUCUUCAUCUAGUAGUGACGGUCAUGAAAUUGACUAUUCGUCAGCGACAACACAGUCAAAAGCAGUCUCUUUAUCGGAAACCGGCGGUGGUAAGGGUGAUCACUCAUCAACAUCGACGGCAUCUGAAUCUUCAUCUAGUAGUGACGGUCAUGAAAUUGACUAUUCGUCAGCGACAACACAGUCAAAAGCAGUCUCUUUAUCGGAAACCGGCGGUGGUGAGGGUGAUGACUCAUCAACAUCGACGGCAUCUGAAUCUUUAUCUAGUAGUGACGGUCAUGAAGGUGACUAUUCGUCAGCGACAACACAGUCAAAAGCAGUCUCUUUAUCGGAAACCGGCGGUGGUAAGGGUGAUGACUCAUCAACAUCGACGGCAUCUGAAUCUUCAUCUAGUAGUGACGGUCAUGAAGGUGACUAUUCUUCAGCGACAACACAGUCAAAAGCAGUCUCUUUAUCGGAAACCGGCGGUGGUAAGGGUGAUCACUCAUCAACAUCGGCAUCAACGGCAUCUGGAUCUUCAUCUGGUGGUAACGGUUAUAAGGGUGACUAUUUGUCAGCAACAACACAGUCAAAAGCAGUCUCUUCAUCGGAAACCGGCGGUGGUAAGGGUGAUCACUCAUCAACAUCGGCAUCAACGGCAUCUGGAUCUUCAUCUAGUAGUGACGGUCAUGAAGGUGACUAUUCGUCAGCGACAACACAGUCAAAAGCAGUCUCUUUAUCGGAAACCGGCGGUGGUAAGGGUGAUCACUCAUCAACAUCGGCAUCAACGGCAUCUGGAUCUUCAUCUGGUGGUAACGGUUAUAAGGGUGACUAUUCGUCAGCGACAACGCAGUCAAAAGCAGUCUCUUCAUCGGAAACCGGCGGUGGUAAGGGUGAUGACUCAUCAACAUCGACAUCAACGGCAUCUGGAUCUUCAUCUGGUGGUAACGGUUAUAAGGGUGACUAUUCGUCAGCGACAACACAGUCAAAAGCAGUCUCUUUAUCGGAAACCGGCGGUGGUAAGGGUGAUCACUCAUCAACAUCGGCAUCAACGGCAUCUGGAUCUUCAUCUAGUAGUGACGGUCAUGAAGGUGACUAUUCGUCAGCGACAACACAGUCAAAAGCAGUCUCUUCAUCGGAAACCGGCGGUGGUAAGGGUGAUGACUCAUCAACAUCGGCAUCAACGGCAUCUGGAUCUUCAUCUGGUGGUAACGGUUAUAAGGGUGACUAUUCGUCAGCGACAACACAGUCAAAAGCAGUCUCUUCAUCGGAAACCGGCGGUGGUAAGGGUGAUGACUCAUCAACAUCGACAUCAAUGGCAUCUGGAUCUUCAUCUGGUGGUAACGGUUAUAAGGGUGACUAUUCGUCAGCGACAACACAGUCAAAAGCAGUCUCUUUAUCGGAAACCGGCGGUGGUAAGGGUGAUCACUCAUCAACAUCGGCAUCAACGGCAUCUGGAUCUUCAUCUAGUAGUGACGGUCAUGAAGGUGACUAUUCGUCAGCGACAACACAGUCAAAAGCAGUCUCUUCAUCGGAAACCGGCGGUGGUAAGGGUGAUGACUCAUCAACAUCGACAUCAACGGCAUCUGGAUCUUCAUCUGGUGGUAACGGUUAUAAGGGUGACUAUUCGUCAACGACAACACAGUCAAAAGCAGUCUCUUUAUCGGAAACCGGCGGUGGUAAGGGUGAUCACUCAUCAACAUCGGCAUCAACGGCAUCUGGAUCUUCAUCUAGUAGUGACGGUCAUGAAGGUGACUAUUCGUCAGCGACAACACAGUCAAAAGCAGUCUCUUCAUCGGAAACCGGCGGUGGUAAGGGUGAUCACUCAUCAACAUCGGCAUCAACGGCAUCUGGAUCUUCAUCUAGUAGUGACGGUCAUGAAGGUGACUAUUCGUCAGCGACAACACAGUCAAAAGCAGUCUCUUCAUCGGAAACCGGCGGUGGUAAGGGUGAUGACUCAUCAACAUCGACAUCAACGGCAUCUGGAUCUUCAUCUGGUGGUAACGGUUAUAAGGGUGACUAUUCGUCAGCGACAACACAGUCAAAAGCAGUCUCUUCAUCGGAAACCGGCGGUGGUAAGGGUGAUCACUCAUCAACAUCGGCAUCAACGGCAUCUGGAUCUUCAUCUAGUAGUGACGGUCAUGAAGGUGACUAUUCGUCAGCGACAACACAGUCAAAAGCAGUCUCUUCAUCGGAAACCGGCGGUGGUAAGGGUGAUGACUCAUCAACAUCGACAUCAACGGCAUCUGGAUCUUCAUCUGGUGGUAACGGUUAUAAGGGUGACUAUUCGUCAGCGACAACACAGUCAAAAGCAGUCUCUUCAUCGGAAACCGGCGGUGGUAAGGGUGAUCACUCAUCAACAUCGGCAUCAACGGCAUCUGGAUCUUCAUCUAGUAGUGACGGUCAUGAAGGUGACUAUUCGUCAGCGACAACACAGUCAAAAGCAGUCUCUUUAUCGGAAACCGGCGGUGGUAAGGGUGAUCACUCAUCAACAUCGGCAUCAACGGCAUCUGGAUCUUCAUCUGGUGGUAACGGUUAUAAGGGUGACUAUUUGUCAGCAACAACACAGUCAAAAGCAGUCUCUUCAUCGGAAACCGGCGGUGGUAAGGGUGAUGAUUCAUCAACAUCGACAUCAACGGCAUCUGGAUCUUCAUCUGGUGGUAACGGUUAUAAGGGUGACUAUUCGUCAGCGACAACACAGUCAAAAGCAGUCUCUUCAUCGGAAACCGGCGGUGGUAAGGGUGAUCACUCAUCAACAUCGGCAUCAACGGCAUCUGGAUCUUCAUCUGGUGGUAACGGUUAUAAGGGUGACUAUUCGUCAGCGACAACACAGUCAAAAGCAGUCUCUUUAUCGGAAACCGGCGGUGGUAAGGGUGAUGACUCAUCAACAUCGACGGCAUCUGAAUCUUCAUCUAGUGGUAACGGUUAUAAGGGUGACUAUUUGUCAGCAACAACACAGUCAAAAGCAGUCUCUCAAUCGGAAACCGGCGGUGGUAAGGGUGAUGACACAUCAACAUCAACAAAAAGCGAAUCCGCAUCUUUGUCGAACGUCCGUGAUGCAAACCAUGCUGUGCCAUCAUCGUCAACAACAACGGAAGUUGGAGUUUCACCUGCAAGUAACGGUCAUGCGGGUCACAAGUCAUCAAUGCCAAAAAAAGAACCUAGACCGAGGUCCGAUUAUAACCAGCAUAAAGGCAGCAAGUUAUCAGUGUCAACGCAAGCGGAAUCGUCGUCUUCAUCCGAUGCUUCCAGUAAUAAAGGUGAUGCCUCGUCAACAUCGACAACAACGGCAUCUGGAUCUUCAUCUGGUGGUAACGGUUAUAAGGGUGACUAUUUGUCAGCAACAACACAGUCAAAAGCAGUCUCUCAAUCGGAAACCGGCGGUGGUAAGGGUGAUGACACAUCAACAUCAACAAAAAGCAAAUCCGCAUCUUUGUCGAACGUCCGCGAUGCAAACCAUGCUGUGCCAUUAUCGUCAACAACAUCGGAAGUUGGAGUUUCACCUGCAAGUAACGGUCAUGCGGGUCACAAGUCAUCAAUGCCAAAAAAAGAACCUAGACCGAGGUCCGAUUAUAACCAGCAUAAAGGCAGCAAGUUAUCAGUGUCAACGCAAGCAGAAUCGUCGUCUUCAUCCGAUGCUUCCAGUAAUAAAGGUGAUGCCUCGUCAACAUCGACAACAGCGGCAUCUGGAUCUUCAUCUGGUGGUAACGGUUAUAAGGGUGACUAUUCGUCAGCGACAACACAGUCAAAAUCCGAGUCUUCACUUGCAAGUAACGGUCAUAAGGCUGAUAAGUCAUCAAUGCCAACAAAAGAACCUAGACCGCGGUUCAACCAUAACGGUAAUACGGACAGCAAGUCAUCAAUGUCAAAGCAAGCAGCAUCCAAACUUGUGUCCUCCACUCAUGGUUAUAGUGGCGGAAGGUCAUCAAUGUCACCACAAGCAGAAUAUAGACUUUUAUCUGAUAUUUAUGGCGAUAACGGUGAUGAGUCAUUAUCUUCAGCAGAGACGGAAUCUGGAUCCUACUACAAUUACGGUGAGAACAGUGACGAGUCGUUGACGUCAACAGGAUCAGAAUUAGAAUAUGAUUAUUCUGCUACGAGUACCGGUGAGAACAGUGACGAGUUAUUAUGGUUAGCACAAGCGGAACCCAGACACUCGUUCAAUCGGUACGGUAAUGAAAAAAAAUUGGGAACUUCAUUCAACAGUAACGGUAACAAAGGCAGCGGGUCAUCAACGUCAACAGCAGCAGAAUCUGAAUCUUCAUCUAGCAGUUCAUCUUCGUCGACUAAUUAUGAUGCUUACAGUGACGGUUCCUCAGUGUAUGCAUAAGUAAACUGUGGAUCCUAGUACAAUAAAUGUGAUUGUGCUUUCUGCGGAUAACUGUUCUGUCACAGGCAGAGAUAUUGUUUAGUACAAAAAAUCGUUUCGUGAUCAAGAGUGUUGUUCAGCUUCACAAGACACUUCUUCCUUUCUACUGAUGUCAACUAUACGCUGCCUUGAAUCCAACCGUCCUAGUCCGUUUCAAUUAUUGUAUCAGUUUACACAUGAAUCAAACCAGUAGUGUCAGCUACUACCGGAAACAUUUUUUUUAAACGCCAGACCAGCUUUGCACCCUUUCCACAUUUUUCCGCAAUAUUCUUUUUUCUCUGGUAAGUAAAGUAAGUGCCAGAAGUGUACCGUGUUAGCAAUAAUUUAUUACCUCCGUUUUGCUUACCCCAUAGCUCUUGAUCGACAUAACCUCUAGGUCCAAGAUUGAAAUGUACGUUGUCAGCAAUACUUCUGUCUGUGGCUGUUUCACUCUCAUUACUGAUCCGUACCAACAGUCCGAUAAAUUCAGGCUAUUACUCAACGUUAUUCGUCUACUGAAUUGUCAGCUUUAACAAGUUACAGCGCAUUUCUUAAGAUAUUCGGAAGCAACAAAAGAUUUGAGCAUUGUUAUAUUAUGGCCAAACAAGGAACAACAUUGUGAAAUAUGUCCAGUACUAUGUUCUCAUAUGAUUUUUCCCCCUUACUUAUAAUAUUCUAUCAUAACAACACUUUCGCAGGCUGCCACGGUUUCACAACUGUUGUAUUAUGACAUCACUGAGUGGACAUUACAAUCUUAUUCGGAGAAAUUUUUUAACCGCUGAAAUGCUGUUACGAUGCGACGGGGCUCACGAUUCUAGAUUUUUUAGAUGGUUUAAAAAAAAAAUGUAUACAUUACACUCACUCUAUAUUUCUAGCUCAGGGCAAUAAUCUAAUUUUUUAUAAAUCGUAACCUUCACUACCCACGACUAAUUUCAGUACACGCCCAGGUUCGUCGACUUCUCUUUGAAGAAUGAAUAUAAUAGGUGUUUUUUGCACAAAAAUGAGUUCCUUUGCUGUUAUAAUCACAUUCAGCAUUCACAUGCAUCCUUUUAUGUAUUUACCUGAAUAAAUCCACAUUCAUCAAACUAUCUGCUUUCGUUCAUUAUUUUUCGAAUCUCGCUGAUUCGCAUAGUGCACUGAAUUUAAUGAGCAGUAUUGCAGAUUUUUCGAGCUAAUGAUUCAAUUACAUCAGUCAAUCGUCUCUAUCGAUAUUUUUCUUCCACCUGUCGUUCGGAUUGUUAUGUCGAACGUGGUCACUCUGAUUAUUAAUGCACAACUGGUAUUGAUUUAUUUGUUAACGUAUAUUUUGUAUCGUUUUCUCGAAAUAAAUGUAUUUCAACUGUUUCGCCUACAA